AUGACCACCCCGACGAAAAACUUCAGCCUGCGCAACGUGAAUACAAGUAGGCCUCAACUUGCCAGAUCAGAAUCCCGACAAUCUAUAGCUGCAUCAGACGACUACUAUUCGUUCUCAGAUCAAGCUUCUUCUACUCCUGACAGUCUUAUAACUGUCAGGGUAUUCAUGACUCCCAACUCCCAUCCCUCGUCCCGGCCACCAUCACUCGCUAUGUCGCAUAUGCAACUUGCCGAAGAGGAGUAUGAGUCCCCGCGUCCACCCACUUCCAGUACUGUCCGCUUUGGAGAAGAAAGAAUAUCUCGCAUCAGCCCCUUAUCCGACAGGACAGCUUCAGAGGAGACUGCUCGUCGAGUUCCCAGUGACUACGCAGGUCCACCCCCUACUCCAGGCCUGGAUGACACCCCAUACGUCCGGUUUGCAAUCGACCAGCUCACCCAGGACCGAGCUCGGGGAAUCCAAAGACACGACUCAGUUUCUACGACAACUACAGGUGACUAUCCAAAUGAUCGUUUGGUAUGGGAUGAAGGGCUCGGCUACUUCACACGCACACGAACUCCCAUUCGACAUGACACGCCCCCUGUGAAUCAAUCGUACACAUCUCCAUCUCCUGUCCAAGCUUUGCCGCAAAGGCCAACGUCUGUGGAUCCCGAAUCGUUUAUUCCCGUUGAUCCACCUGAGCAGAGCUUGAUGUAUCCUCCUUUGGAUUACGUGCCCAUUGUCUUGCGGCCGUGGGCGCUGGCUUUGGCGAUAUUUUGCUGUCUGCUCAUGAUCGCGGGUGUGGUUUUCUGCAAUGUAUGGUCCCAUGGUCAUAGCGGCUUAUGGAACUACAUUCGUCAAGGCGACUCACGAUAUUUUGUGAUGCAAUUCCUACCACAAAUUCUCGCCGCACCGAUCAUCAUUUGGUCGUUCGUCAUCCAGGCUGCGGUGUAUCGGAUAGCGCCUUUUGCUAUAAUGUCAGCAGAGCGACAACGAGGACUUGUCAUGCAUCGUUUACCUAUCCUCUCACAGAAUUUUCUGCUUCCUGAUCUCUCCCACUUUCAACAUGGCGAGCCGUUGCUAGGAUUCUCUUUAUUCUCAAUUUGGCUUGCCAACUUCUUCGCCUUGCCUCUCCUCAGCUGUCUCUUCCAGGCAAAGUACUAUAUCAUUGGUGGACAGGGUGUCUGGAGAUGGACCUCAGUUCAAUCUGUGGGCUGGACAUUGGUGGGGUUAUAUGGUGUUUUAACAAUUGGGUUGUUCCUCCUUUCCCUGCGUUUCGGUCGCGGUUGGACCGGCUUGAUGUGGGAUCCUGUGAGUCUGGCAGACUUGAUCUCUAUUAUCCAACGGUCGAAUAUCCUGCACGAUUUCGAGCACUCUGAGACAGUCCCGUCUGUGCAAGAGUCGCUUGAUCCCCGUAUCUUGCGAUUAGGCUACUGGAAAAUCUCGAGCAAGCCCGAAAUCUUCUACGGAAUGGGAGAAGUCAAUGCUCCUGUGCGCAGCCCAUCACUUCAUCAGACUGGAAAGAGUCGGGACAGCCAGCCACAAGGACUUGUCCCGGUCUAUUAUGACGUUGAGCAGCAUGGUGCAGCCGCCGACGAUUCACCUGAUGGUCACCUUUAUCCGCCUUUCACCCGAUACCGUUGGACACCUUGGUUCUUACGCAGCCUCCCAGUAUUUGUGUGGAUUACCAUUGUCUUCGCCCUGUUUAUCGCCUUUGUUUCCGUCAGCUUUAUCAACAACGCCAUCGAGGGCGGCUUCCCUCCUAGGCUUCCAACAUUACCAUCGACCAAUGGUUUCUCCUCGUCCAAUUUCCUAUACAGCUUCGUCCCUACAUUGAUUGGCAACGUCCUCUUCCUCGCCUGGCAGCCCAUCGAUGUAUACUUCCGAGCCCUCCAGCCAUUCGCUGAGCUCUCAUCCCCCGGCGGCGCAUCUGCCGAGCAGAGCAUCCUCCUCGCCUACCCAUCCGCUUUCCCGUUCCAGGUCACCAUCCAAGCCAUCAUCAACCGCCACUUCAAAAUUGCCUGGAUAUCCCUCAUGAGCCUGCUAUCUCUCGCAAUUCCCAUUCUCGCCGGUGGCGUCUUCAUCGCCCUCUGGUAUCCCAAUCACAACGACAUCCGCAUUUCCGCUCUCAUGCCUGCAUUCUACGCUUUGAUCGUCUUCUGUGGCCUAUAUGCCUUAUCCUUCCUGGCGAUCUGGCCCGGCCGUCGCCGCUAUCUCCCUCACGACAUCACGACCUUAGCUGAUUUGAUGAGCUACCUAUACCAGUCCCCUCUCCUAUCUGACAAGAUCCUCCGCGAACCGAGGAGCAAAACCGACCUCGUCACCCGUCUUAUCAUUGCCCCGCCAGCAGACCGCAACCUACCUUUAUAUGGCUUUGGAAUCUAUAUUGGCCGUGACGGCAAAGAGCAUCUUGGUAUUGAUCGCUUCCAUCGCCCUGGUCGGACCGAUAUGCUUAUUACCACGGGCUCAUGA